CAAGUAGUGGAACGAUACAUGCAACCACUCGACAACCCUGCUGUGCCACGAGUUGUGCGGGAUAACAAAGAUGUCCUCUUCAGCAACCUCAAGCAAAUUGCUGAUUUCCACAACACCAUCCUCAUUGAAGGUGUGAAGUACUAUGCAAGUGAGCCAACAAUGUUGGGACGUACAUUCCUGAGAUUAGAACGUGACUUUGACAAGCAUGUUGCCUACUGCCGUGAUGAACCAGCUGCACAAGAACUACUGCAAGAAAAUGAUGAAGUCCGAGAUUAUUUUGAUGAGCUUAGCCAGCAACUUGGUGACGACAAGAGCUUGUCGGAGCAUCUGAAGCUUCCAAUCCAGCGAAUUAACGACUACCAACUCCUACUAAAGGAGCUGGUGAAGUAUUCUUCUCGACUUGGCGAAGACACUAGCGACCUCCAAAAAGCUCUUGAUUUGAUGCUAGCUGUGCCCCAUCGGGCAGACGACAUCAAGUUUAUUAGUAACAUUGAAGGGUAUCACGGUAACAUCCAUAAGCUUGGUAGGCUAUUAAAACACGACUGGUUCACAGUAACAGAUAAAGAAGGAAAGCAUAAAGAGAGAUACUUAUUUUUGUUCAAGGCGCGCAUUUUGGUCUGUAAGGUUCGGCGGAUAUCUGAAGACCGGUCUGUUUUUGUUCUGAAGGAUAUUGUCAAAUUGCCUGACGUAGAAGUCGAAGACCAUAAGGAUAAUUUAAGAGUGUUUGAACUACAUCAUAAAUCCAGUGGUUUUGGAAAUUUUCCACUAACUAUUGCUGCACAUUCAGACACUGUUAAGGACACCUGGUUAAAGGAAAUAAGACAAUAUUCUACGGAUAAAUUUGCUCUUGCUGAGCAUGCUGCUGAUGACCUGCAGUUAAAGAGUCAUACUGAAGAUACAGUUGAUACCACUAGCCAAGAACAAACAGUUAAAAAGACAUCUGUAACAGAACUUGUUUCAGAAAAAUCAAAAGUAGUGAAUGGCAUCAUAAAGGAACACACAAAAGAGUUGCCACAAGAAAAUCAAAGUGAACCAGAUAAGAAAGGAAAAGAAACAGUAAAGAAGCCAUUAGAUUCUGCAGACCAAGACAACAGGGGGCCACCAAAAAAGCAAAAAACUACAAAUAUUUUAGCGGAGGAGAGCAAAACAGACCAGCAACACCAGUCUUCUGAAAAAAAGGAGAGAGAAGAACCAACGAAACAAGAAUCACAAGUGACACAAAAAUUGAAAGAUUCACGACCAGUGACUAAUGGUCCAGAACUGCUUCAUGAAACUGAGAUCAAAAAAAUAUCUGAAACAGAAAAAGUAGCAGAUUCUCAUAAAGCAAAUAACAUAAGUCAAGUCAAACAAGACCAGGGACAGUUGCCAGAAAACACAGAAACCUGCAAAACAGAAUUCAAGUCUGAUAUUGAUAUUGUGAAAAGUUCAGAGAAAGUAAAUAAUAUUACCAAUUCUGUUUCCACAAAAGAUAAAGGAAUUAAUAGCCACAACAUACUUAAGACUGCAGAAGAAUUAGAAAAGGCAGAGAAACAGGUAGUAGAAACUAAUAAAACAACAUCAGCAAAUACUUUAUUAGAUAGACAGAACGAGAAAAAUAAAGUAGAGGCAGAAGAAAAACCCACAGCUCCUCAUACAGAACCCACAAAUAGAAAAGAGGGAAGCUCAGAUACAGUCAGCAAAGGCAGUACAUCAGCAGGGUCUGCAAUAGAGAAGUCUGAACAGAAGAAGGCUGAAACAGAGGACAAGUCCACUACUGUUGUCACAGAAUCUGCAAAUAAGAAAGAAGAACAACCUACUGCAUUACCUGUAAGUGCUUUACCAGGAAGGGCUGCAUUAGAGAAGUCUGAAGAAAAGAAGCCAGAAACAGAAAGAAAAUCAACAGAUUCUCUUACCGAGUCUACAAAUAAAUUAGGUAGAAAAGAGGAAAGUUUAGAUACAGUUAGGAAAGACAGUGCAUCAGUGGGAUCUGUGAUAGAGCAGUCUGAACAGAAGAAGUCAGAAACAGAGGACAAGCCCACAACACUUGUCACAGAUUCUGCAAAUAAGAAAGAGGAACAGCUUACUGUAGCACCUGUAAGUGCUUUAUCAGGAAGGACUGCAUUAGAGAAGUCUGAAGAAAAGAAGCCAGAAACAGAAAGAAAACCAGCCGAUUCUCUUGCCGAGUCUACAAAUAAAUCAGAUAGAAAAGAGGGAAUCUCAGAUACAGUUAGCAAAGGCAGUGCAUCAGCAGCAUCUGUGAUAGAGAAGUCUGAACAGAAGAAGGCAGAAACAGAGGACAAGCCCACAACACUUGUCACAGAAUCAGCAAAUAAGGAAGAAGAACAAUCUACUGUAGCUCCUGUAAGUGCUUUACCAGGAAGGACUGCAUUAGAGAAAUCUGAAGAAAAGAAGCCAGAAACAGAGAGAAAGUCAACAGAUUCCAUUGCCCAGUCUACAAAUAAAUCAGGGACAACUUUUGACACGAGUGUUACAAGUCCUGCCUCAGAAAAGACUGAAGAACCCAUUGAUCUUACUGCAGAAACCAGACAUAUAGAAGACUCUGUCUCUGCAGAAUCUGCCACUAAAAAGCCUGCUUCACAAGAAGAAAAGGCGUUAGAAACAGCUGAAGUUUCAAAAUUAAAGAAAGAGUCUUCUGAAAACAAAGAAGACGACAUGGAUCAAUAUAUGAGUUUUGAAUCAAAACGUAUCUCCUCAUCUUCAAGAAGUGUUCAUGAAUAUUCUUCAGUGUCAAGUAGUCAUCUCAGUGAGGAGAUCUACGUGGAGUCAAGCAAUAUAUCAUCUUCUGAGUCCAUGAGGGUAGCAUCAAGUACAACACAAUCUGUUGGUGGUGGUGAUACAGUUGUCAGACUUGCGCUGACUUCCAGUGAUGGUCGUCCAGUAUUCACUGAAACUAUUGAAGGCUGCAAUGUAGAACCUGGACAGAAUGCUAUAUUUCAUUGCAAAGUUGCCUCUGAUUCACCAACUAAUAUGACAUGGCUGAAAGAUAAUCGGCCAAUGGAUGAUAAGCUAGCAGACAGAGUUAAAAUGGAAUCUAAAGAUAGCAGCAGUUUCAAACUGGAAAUUCAACACUGUCGUGAGUCGGACACUGGUAUAUAUACAGCUAAAGCAUCCAAUGUCAUUGGAAGCUCCACAUGUACAGCACAACUAGUUGUUCAGGACAUUAGCGAAGAAGAAAGGGCACGACGUGCUGCAGCAAAUAGUCCAAGUUUCUUAAUUCGGCUUAAGGACACAGAACUGCUAGAAAAUACAUAUCUGCGAUUUAUGGUAAAAGUUCAAGGUACACCGAACCCAGAAGUAACAUUCUAUAAGGAUGGGAAACCUAUAGAAAAAGGAAGUGACCACAUUCAAGUUGUAAGAGAUAAAGCUGAGUCUGGAUAUUAUGAACUUGUUAUUACUGAUGUCCACCAAAAUGAUGCAGGAAAAUAUUCAUGCACUGCUAAAAAUAAAUAUGGAGAAGUGUCAAGUGAAGCAACUGUAACAGUUACAACUGAGAAGAAAAUUUUUGCUGGAUUAGAAUCAGCAGGCCUUUUACAGCCUGGAGAAGAACCAAAAUUUACAUGGUUACGAGAUGGAAAACCAUUUGAUCCUGAAGAACGAUUUAAAGUGUUGUUCAAGGAUGAAGAGGAUUCCCUAGCACUUGUUUUUCAACAUGUGAAACCAGAGGAUGCAGGUCUAUACACAUGUGUGGCCUCUACUACAUCAGGAAAAAUAUCCUGCAGUGCUGAGCUGACUGUUCAAGGUUCUGUAAACCAGCUCCUGAAGGAACCAGAAGCCCCUAAAAUUGUAACUGAAACUAAAGCAACAGAAGUGAGUGUUGGUGGCUCAGCUAUGUUGGAACUCAAAAUAAAUGGCUUCCCUAAACCAGAUGUAAAAUGGUACAAGGACAACAAGGAAGUAACAGCAGGGGGCAGGGUUCGUUUUCUUUAUGAAGAUGAUGAAAGUAUCUCCCUUAUUAUCAAAGGUGUUACACCAGAUGAUGCUGGAAAAUAUAAGAUAGUAGCAAAGAAUGACCUGGGAGAAGAUUCUGCUGAAGUAGAUCUGAUGGUCAAAGCACCACCAAAAAUUAAGACCAAAAUGCAGGAUGCAUCAUGCAUGACAGAUCAACCAUUUAAGAUGACUGUUGAAGUGGAAGGAGUUCCAGAACCUGAAAUCAAAUGGUACAAAGAUGGCCAACAAAUUGUACAGACAGAUCGUAUAAAAAUAAUCAAGGAAACUUCAGAGACAUACACCCUCUCCAUUACAAGCACAAAAUUAGAGGAUUCUGGGUCCUACUCAAUUGUGGCAACCAAUGAAAUGAGCCAGACUUCUGAAUUUUGGAAAUUUGUUGUCCACUCUGGCCCACAGUUCCUUAAAACAAUGAACAAGUCAGUGGAAGCAAGGGAAGAUGAUACAAUAACAUUUGAAGUCAAGGUUCAGGGUGAUCCUAAACCAGAUGUGAAAUGGCUUAAGAAUGGGGAAGAGCUCAAAGCAGAUGGCAAGCACAUUAUAAUUGAAGUUGAUGGCCCAACUCACACUUUAACAAUCAAAGGCACUACAAGAAAUGAUUCAGGAACUUACAGUUGUGAAGUGAUAAAUGAUCAUGGCUGGAAAAAAGAUGAAGGAGUAUUAAAUGUCCGUUGUGCUCCUGAGUUCAAGAGAGAUCUGUCUGACCUUCAAGCAAAUGAAGGUGAUACAAAUAUUGAGUUUAAUGUUAAGGUUGAUGCAUACCCCAAGCCUAAAGUUAAAUGGUUUCUUGGAGAUAUAGAUAUAACAGAAAAGAAAAAUGAGUUCACUUGUACUGAAGAGGAAGGCACUUAUAAACUUGUUAUAAAGGAAGUUACAACAGAGUUGUGUGGAAAGUACACAUGUAAAGUGGUUAAUGACCUAGGCACCAGUGAAUCAAGCUCUAAUUUAACUGUCAAUUUCAAGCCAAAAUUUAAAAAACCUCUGAAAGACGUUGAAGUGGAUGAAGGAGACAGCUUGACUCUGACAAUAGAAUGUGAUGCUUAUCCUGAGCCAAAUGUGAAAUGGUAUAAAGAUGGCAAUGAAGUAAGUGCUGAUGCACGAAUAAAAAUCACAAGGGAUUCCACAAGAAAAGAAAGUUACAGUAUGAGUUUCACAUUGGUCAAGAGCUCAGAUGCAGGAGAAUAUGAAGCCAGAGCAGAGAAUAAAAUGGGAACUUCUUCAACUAAGAGUACUGUAAAAGUGAGCACUCCACCAGAGAUAAAUUCGUCAAAUUUGGAAGACAGAGAAAUAUAUGAGUCACUUGGAACUGUGUUUGAAGUAAAGGCAAGUGGAAUUCCAAAACCAGAUGUGAAAUGGUACAAAGAUGGAGAAGAAUUAAAGUCAUCAAACAGAAUAACCAUUUCUGAAGAUGGAGACACAUACAAAUUAGAGUUAAAGGAUGCACAGACAAGUGAUGCAGGUGUUUAUAAAGUGAAGGUUACAAACAGGCUCGGAGAGAAAACACAAGAAGCGAAGCUCAGCUUGAAACCUGUGAAUGAAUUCCGAAAGCCAAAGAUUAAGAUUCCACUCAAAGAUGUAGCAGUGUGCAAGAAUGAAGACUCUGAACUAACAUGUGUAUUUAUAGGUGAUCCUGUACCAACAGUGUCCUGGUUCCAUAAUGGAGAAAAAGUAACAGAAGAUGAGAGGCACAUAUUUACUGCUGCAACAAAAGACAUUGGAGAUGGAUUAAAAGAGACUACAUUUACCCUUAAAAUUCCAUCUGGCCAACAUGGUGACACAGGCCAAUAUAAAAUCAAGGCUACAAACAAAUUUGGAGAAGAUGAAAGCAGUGCUCGCUUGGAUAUUCUGCUGAUUCCUGAGAUUGAUGCUUUGAGUGAUAUUACCAAGAUUCCAUAUGAAGACACUGCCUUUGAAGUUCAAAUACUGGCAAAUCCAAAGCCAAAAGUAACUUGGACAAGAAAUGGUGAAAAACUAUCCAGUUCAGAUCACACAACUAUUUCAGAGAAUGUGGAAAAAGAAGUUUAUAAACUAGAAAUCAAGAAUAUUGGCCUUGGUGAUGAUGGUGUGUAUGUGGUUACUGCAAGUAACAGCCAAGGUGAACGUAGUCAGCAGGCCAAACUGACAGUGCACACGGAGCCUCCAUCCCUUGUUAAAAAUCUUGAAGAUCGUUCAGUUAAAGACUACGAAGAAGUUGAAUAUAGAGUCAGAGUCAAUGGUGUACCAAAACCAAAGAUAACAUGGUACAAAGAUGGAAAGGAACUGCAAAGUGGUGAACAUAUUGUGAUAGAAACAGAUUCAGAGGCUUUGGUAGUAAGCAGUCUCAGUAUUCAGCAUUUUCAGGAAUCUGAUGUUGGUGUGUACAAAGUAAAAGCUGCAAACCUUGUUGGAGAAGCAGAAAGCAGCUCCAAACUUUCAAUGACACAGCUACCACCAUCAUUUGCUCGUCCUCUUGACAGAGCUGCUGAAGUGGAUGAGGGAGACAUUCUAGACUUGAAGUGCAAACUUGAUGGUAGUCCAAUUCCAACUGUCCAGUGGUUCAAAGAUGGUCAGCCUCUACAUGCAGAUGAUCAUGUGAAAUUGACAGCUCUUCCUGAUGGGACUGUGCGGUUACUCAUUGAAGGUGUAAAGCCUACUGACUGUGGUGCUUACAAACUUGUAGCCAAAAAUAAGAAUGGAGAACAUGCUGCAUUAUGUGCUGUUGCUGUUAAACCAAAUAACCGCAAGCCUAGUUUCUCAAAGCCACUUGAAGGUGCUAAAUGUGUAGUUGGUGAGCCACUGAAGCUGGAAGCUCAAGUAGCAGCAUUUCCAGCACCUGAGGUUAAAUGGUUCAAAGAUGGUCAGCCAGUUCGUCCAUCUCAGGCAGUUAAUUUCGUGAACCAACCUGGUGGUAUAAUUGGAUUACAUAUAGAUUCUGUAAAACCUGAAGAUGCUGGUGUUUACACUGUCAGUGUAAGUAAUAGGCUUGGUGAUAUAACUGGCUCUGCCAAGGUUGAAGUUGAACCACGUGAGAAAAAGCCAACAUUCCAAGUACCUCUGCUGCCAGCAACUGUUGUUGAAGGUUUUCCUGCUAGAUUUGAAGUUAAAGUGGUUGGACAUCCACCUGCUACAUUGAAAUGGACUCACAAUGGGAAAGAAUUUGUACCUGAUGGACAACAUGCAAAAAUAAUGCAGCUGCCUGAUGGAACAAGUGCUCUAAUUAUUGACAAAGCUAAACCAGAAGAUGCUGGAGAAUAUGAAGUAAUAGCAACAAAUGAGAAAGGAUCUGUCCCAUCAAAAGCUCAGUUAGAUGUUACUGGAAGAGCAAGAGAUGCACCUGAAGAAAAACCAGCAUUCCUACACGGUCUGAGAGAUGUUACAGUGGAGGAAGGUGACAGUCUCACUUUGACUGCUCCAUUUAUUGGAAAUCCAAUACCAGAUGUGGCGUGGAGCAAAGAUGGAACGUCUCUUUCACCAUCCGAUCGUAUCCUGUUAACAUGUGAUGGAAGGAAGGUUGGUUUGGAAAUAAAUCCAGCAUCCCUUGAUGAUAGUGGUAAAUAUACAUGUAAACUAGUAAAUCCUUUGGGUGAAGAUGAAACUACAGGCACUGCAACAGUUAGAAAGAUCUAUAAAAAGCCAAAUUUCACUCAGCGAUUCACAGAUCUCCAACAGAGACCAACGUUUGAUGCGAGAUUUCCUGCACGGGUUACAGGUAUUCCUAAACCAGAUAUUACAUGGUAUUUUAAUGAUAAACCAAUCCAAGAAUCAGAUAAAUACAAAAUUAAAAGGGAUGGUGAAACAUGUUGUCUGUUUGUGAAAGAUUGUCAGCCUACUGACUCUGGCCGAUACAAAUGCAAGGCAAUAAACAGAGAUGGUGAAGACUCAUGUGAAGCAAAUUUGGAUGUAGUUGAGAAGAUUGGAGAAACACAGAGAACAGAACCACCUUCUUUCAUGAAGAAAAUAGGUGACACUGAAGUAUACAAAGGCAUGACAGCAAAGUUUACUGCAUGUGCUGCUGGCAUUCCAGAACCUGAUUUUGAAUGGUAUCGCAACAAUGAGCGUCUAUUUCCAAGUGAUCGCAUUAGAAUGGAGCGAGAAGGUUCUGGACUCCUGAGACUUAUUAUAGACUCUGUUGAUCCUGUUGACAUAGGACGCUACCGUCUUAAAAUUUUCAACCCCCAUGGAGAAGCAAGCUGUGAAGCGGAACUUGCAUUUGAUUCGCUGGAUACACAUCCAAAGCGUCCACUGGGCUACUUGUACACUGACUUUGAUAAAUAUCAAAGUUCUGCAGCACCUCUUCCAUUGCCAGAUAAACCCAUUAUUUGUAGAAUGAGUGACAGGAGACUGACACUGUCGUGGCGACCAUCGAUACCCAUAGGUCCGACAUUGCCAGUCACAUAUCGUGUUGAAAUGAGUGAACAACCUGAUGGAGAAUGGUUUACUGCCAGAACAGGUAUUAUUGGGUGUGCUUGUGACAUUCACAAUUUGCAACCAUUCCAAGAUUAUAAAUUCAGAAUUCGGGUGGAGAACAGAUAUGGCAUCAGUGAUCCUUCACCAUAUGCCGUAACUUACAGAGCACGUCUUGAACCGGAACCCCCGAAGUUCUUCCCAUACUUGGAGCCGGGAAUCGACUUCCGUCCUGAGACGUCCCCCUACUUUCCAAAGGACUUUGACAUUGAGAAGCCACCGCAUGAUGGAUAUGCUCAAGCCCCAAGAUUCCUUCGACAAGAGCAUGAUACCCAAUAUGGUAUCAAAAAUCAUAACUGCAAUUUAUUUUGGUUUGUAUAUGGUUAUCCUAAGCCCAAAAUGACAUACUACUUCAAUGAUGAAAUAAUAGAGAUGGGGGGACGGUACGACAGCAGCUACACACGGAAUGGACAAGCUACACUUUUCAUUAAUCGGAUGUUAGAUCGUGAUGUAGGGAUGUAUGAAGCUGUAGCCACAAAUGAACAUGGUGAAGCAAGACAGCGAGUUCGGCUUGAUAUUGCAGAAUAUCCUACAUUCAUAAAACGUCCAGAGGAAACAAUUGUUAUGUUAAGGAAAAGUGGUCGAUUGGAAGCAAGGGUCACUGGAGUACCAUAUCCUGAAAUAAAGUGGUACAAAGAUUGGCAACCUCUCACAGCUUCCAGCAGAAUUAAGAUACAGUUCCGCGAGCCAGAUACAUGCAUACUUGUUAUUAAUGAUGCCAUCAACAAAGAUGAGGGGCUGUAUUCAAUCAGUGCUCGUAAUGUAGCAGGAAGUGUGUCAAGCUCUGCCAUGAUACGCAUAGAGGAAAGUGAACAAGAAUAUGGUUACCUCACGUAUAGCAAAGGUAGGAACAUAAAGCCAAAGGCAAAACCGUUUGAGGAUCUGUAUGACAUUGGGAAUGAGCUUGGAAGAGGCACUCAAGGAGUUACAUAUCAUGCAGUUGAGCGAUUGACAGGUCGAAAUUACGCUGCCAAAAUAAUGCACGGAAAGUCUGACCUUCGUCCAUUUAUGAACAAUGAGCUUGAUAUACUGAAUGUGUUAAAUCAUCCAAAGAUAAUUCGGUUGCACGAUGCUUAUGAAACAAGGAAUUCCUUGACUCUGGUGACAGAGUUAGCAGGAGGAGGAGAACUACUUACAAACCUAACAAAGGAAAGAUAUAUAACAGAAUCAGACAUAGCUGGCUACAUUCGACAGUUGCUAUGGGGGCUUGAACAUAUGCACGACCAAAACAUUGCACAUCUUGGUCUGACUGUGGGUGAUCUCCUUAUAUCACAUCAAGGUGGAGAUGAUUUAAAAAUCUGUGAUUUUGGCUUGAGCAGGAGAAUAAACUUUGGAAAACUAGCGUCUCUUGAUUAUGGAAUGCCAGAAUUUGUUGCACCAGAGGUUGUGAAUGGUGAUGGUGUCAGUACUAGUGCUGAUAUGUGGUCUGUUGGUAUUAUCACAUACAUUCUGCUCUCUGGAAUAUCUCCAUUCAGAGGUGUUAAUGAUCGGGAGACUCUGACACGUAUAAAAGAAGGAAAAUGGGAAUUUAUUGAAGAGUGGUUUUCCAAGUUAUCCAUGGAAGCUAGAGACUUCAUCAGCAAGCUGCUAGUUUAUCAAGCUGAUGGGAGAAUGGACAUCAAAGCUGCUCUCAAGCAUCCAUGGCUUCUGCGUGCUGAUAAAAUGCCAGCAGAUGAAUAUCAGAUAACAACAGACCGUCUCAAAAUAUAUUAUGACAGCUACAGGGAUUGGUACAACAAUGCUUCUUGCCGUACUUGGUACCGGCGCAAACCUUUGGCUGGUGCUUUCUCGCAUCCAUCACGUAUGGUGUAUCCUCCAGGACACAUAUACACACCAGAACCAACCCCAGAACCACAGCGUAGAGAAUCCAAGGAGCGCCGAACGUGGGAAGACCAUGUACCGUCAAGAGAGCCAAUUGAUUAUGAAAUUGGAAUGCCUAAGUCAGAGAGUCACUACCAGUAUGGUCCUGAUACAUAUCUGCUUCAGUUGCGUGAUGUCGACUUUCCCGUGCGAUUGCGAGAAUACAUGAAAGUUGCAGCAAACAGGGCUCCUGGUUAUUCAGCACACUUGACAGAAACUGCUCCAUAUGACUGGAGGACACCUGUAAUACGAGAACGGCGUCGUUUCACUGAUGUUAUGGAUGAAGAAAUAGAUGAUGAAAGAAAAGAACGCAUAAAUAAAUAUGGCUCAGGGGAAGUGUAUUCACUUCGGCGUUUAAGACAUGAGCUUGGAACAAGGUUGGAUGGGCAUGCAGAAGCAGAGGCCAUAAUUGAAUACAAGAGAGAAGGACAGCCUCCAUUCUUCCGAGAAAAACCACAGACUCCUCUGCCAAUUCUUGAGGAUCAGCCAGCUGAAUUAUCAUGCCUUGUAGUUGGCGAUCCAAAACCAGUUGUUCAGUGGUUCAAGAAUGAUCAGGUGGUAUUAGAGAGCAACCGUGUUAAAGUGAGAGAAGAUGAAGAAGGACGUUCAUUUUUGCGAUUAGAACCUGCAUUACAUAUUGACGUGGGAAUCUACAAAGUUGUUGCUCGUAACAGAGUAGGACAAGCUAUCAGCAGGACACGAAUUGUUCUGGCGAGCAUACCAUCCUCUCCAGAUUCUCCUGAAGCAUCAGAAGUAUCUGACACAGAGGUAUUGCUGAGGUGGAAACAGCCAAAAGAUGAUGGAAAUUCUGCUGUUUUAUGUUACAGCCUACAGUACAAAGAAGCAGAUAAUGUUGAGUGGCUGGAUGUUGCAAACAACAUUGAUCAUGAAUUUUUCCUUGUGCAUGACUUAAAACCAACAACAAAUUAUCAAUUUAGGCUCUCUGCUCGAAAUCGCAUUGGUUGGAGUGAAAAGGGCAUUCCUACAGAGCUAAUUAAAACAAAGGAAUCAGGGUCACCAAAGGUUCAAGUCACACGUGCAAUGAAGCAUCUUCAGCAAAUCACAGAAUCAGGACAGGCCAUCACAAUUGAAGAUUCUAAGCCAAAACUUGACUACUCAAUAGAAAAGAAUCCUGUCGAGUGGACCACUGAGGGAUCACUGACUGAGAAAUACAGUUUUGUCUCAGAACUUGCCCGGGGGCGCUUCUCCAUUGUUGUCAAGGGAAUUGAGAAAAGUUCUGACAGAGUAGUUGUUGCAAAACUUUUAGAAUUAAAGCCUGAGACAGAAGAGCAGGUGAACAGGGAAUUUGAAGCUUUGAGAUCAUUGAGGCAUGAACGCAUUGCUUGUUUGGAAGCAGCAUACAAGAUCUCAGGAUCUGGUGUGGCUGCCCUUGUUGAAGAAAAGCUUCAGGGAGCAGAUGUGUUGACAUAUCUUUCAAGUAAACAUGAAUAUACUGAGCAGCAAGUUGCUACAAUAAUAACACAAGUGUUGGAUGGACUUCAGUAUCUCCAUUGGAGAGGAUACUGUCAUCUUGAUCUCCAGCCUGACAAUAUAGUCAUGGCUUCUGUAAGAAGUGUACAGGUGAAGCUGGUUGAUCUUGGAUCAGCUCAGAGAGUCAGUAAAUUGGGAACUGUUAUUCAAAGAGUUGGUGAGACAGAAUAUACAGCUCCUGAAAUACUCAAUGAUGAACCAGCAUAUCCACAGUCAGACAUCUGGAGUGUGGGUGUAAUUACUUACAUUCUUUUAUCUGGAGUAUCACCAUUUGUGGGUAAAGAUGCUGAAGAGACGCGUCAAAAUGUCACAUUUGUACGAUAUCGAUUUGAACACUUAUAUAAGGAAAUUACUCAAGAGGCCACAAGAUUUCUUAUGCUUAUCUUCAAACGGACACCAAGCAAACGACCAACAGCAGAGGAAUGUCAUGAGCAUCGUUGGCUUUUACCUUCCGAAAUAACAAUCAAGAAGCGGGAGAGAGCUGUGUUUCUUGGAAACAGAUUAAAGGAAUUUUCGGAAGCUUAUCAUUCAAAGAAAACGCAGGACGCCAUAAAGUCAGACUCCCUGACAGGAGCAUUUGGAGGCAGUGGGAAAGCUGCCCUAACUCGUUCAAGCAGCAUCCAAGAAGAAUUGUAUACCACCUUUUAAAUACAUCGAGUGCUACAGUUUGCUGGACAAAUUUCUGGAGAAGUGGGAUAGACACUUGAGAGUGACCAUCCCUUAUUCUGUCUUUGAUGUACAAUAAUUAAACAGAAUGUGCAAAUUGUAUUUGACAUUUUGUGGAAAAUAUAGUCAUAUUUUUAUAAUGAAAAUCAUUUGUAAGACACAAAUAAAGACUUCAUGAAGCAGCCUUCAUCAGUAGUCACUGUGAGCCGAAGUGGCAGUGUGAGACUCGUGUGCAUUACUGUUUUAUCUGUACAUUCCACAUCAUCAAAUCUGACUUGCUGGGAUGUACUAAUUCAUAUUCAUUUGCCAAAUGUGCCAUUCAGGAAUGUGACCCUCGAUAUUAGUGCUGGUUAUCUCAGCACAUCCUUGAUAAGUGCAAGUCUGUGAUAGCAUGUACUGGGAAAACUGAAUAUUUAAUUUUCAUCCCUCUUAGUUUUAAGUGCACGAAAUUUUCCUUUUGUUUAACCAUGCACGUAAGGACAUAGUGCCAAAGUUUCCUACUGCUCUCAUCAGUAGGGAAUUUUUGGUGCAAUUUGUAGUGUGCGUUCCUUGGAUCCUUCACAGAAUCCAUCACAUAAUAAAACACAUCAAAUGAUGCUAGCAAUUCACAAAGAUUUGUUCAUUACACUCCAUGCUGAUGAGUGGAAAUGGACAAAUAAAUCUGUUACUUAUCUACAUAUUGUCAUAAAUAUGUAUUUCAAGGGGAACAUUAAAAGUAACAGCUAAAGAAAUUUGUAUAGAAGGAACAAUUUUAUACAUGUAAAGUGUAAAUCAAUAUUCAUAGUUUACUGAUGCAAUUAGGUAAAUGACUGUGAUAAUGCAUUCGCUAAUGCUUCAUAAUCAUGUAUAAAGUUAUUUAAAUAAAAUAUUUGUGUAAUAAAA